CGACGACGACGACGUUUGCGCGAAUCUCGUCAGUCGGCGACGGGUUGCCUGUUCGUAGCGUGGGUGGUGUACGCGCGCGCGUCGACGGGCGGGCUCGAUUCGAUUAAACUUCACCGCGCGACCCUCGUCGCAUCGCCGCCGCUCACCGCGGGGUGAGACCUCGUGCCAAGCGGCUCGUUAUGCCGUGCGCAACCCCUCGCGCGCGUCAGCGUUACGCCAGCGUCGAGGCGAGGCGAGGCGAGGCGAAAAUCGGGACGCGCGAGCCGCGGCGCCUCCAGCACGUUGCCACCGGAGGAGCGAGCUGAAUCGUCGGGCAGCCGCCUACUUUGCCUGUCGGCGGAUUCCGCUGCGUCGAAGAGGUAACUGCUGAAGGGAGCCUGCUCCGCGAGCUCCGCUGGUAGCACGGUCGGGACGUGGUCGGGACGAGGCUAAUCGUGACACGGUUUCGCGUAAUCGCGUUGAGCUCGCGAGAUCGCCGGCUGUGAAUCGGAAUUCAGUUCAUGUCGCGCUUCGCAGUGUGUGUGUGUGUGUGUGUGUGUGUGAAUCUCGCCGGCGUUCAUCCUGGGUAUCCUACGCAACCUGUGUGUACUCGCGUUCCCGCCUUUCACGCUGCCGACGGUCACGGGGAUGUCGAGGAUCCCGCUCGACGCUCACUCGACGCGGCUGAAAGCUCGAGUCGAAGGGUCCAAUCGCAGCUUUCAAGCGUCUCAGCGAACUCGACGAUCGGUCUCACGCUCCUCUUCUUGAAUCGAGAGUGAAGCCGUACCUGCCGCGACCUGCACGCGUCGACGUCAUCUGUCACCGCGCGACGUGAUCGUUCUCUUCGGACCUGCUCGUCCACGUUUGCGAGAGAAAACAAUAGUCAAGAUAGACGCGAGGGAGUGGUUGAGCUCGUAGGUGACUUGCACGGCGCCCGCUCAAUGAUCGCCCUGCCUCGUCGUCGAGAGGACAAAGCCGAGGACGAGGCGGACGGUGAAUCGCUGAGUGCCGAAUGUCCCCGUCGUGAUCGGCGAUGCCGUACGCGAGGACGUCGAGAGAGCGAACCGACACGCCAGCGAGCAGUUGAGACGUCCUCGAGGGUGAAUCGAGGAUACCAGCGAAGUCGACGGAAGGAAGCUCGAGCGACGUGUAGGCACGCGCGAGGUCAUGCGGAGGAGCAUCCUCUGAUCCUCCCGCGCCUGGAGAAAGGCGCGACCUCGACAAUAUGAUGUGGAAAUCGAAAUGGUCGCGCUUCACCGAGUGCUUCUGCCGCAGACCCGGCCUUGUCCUGGUUUUCUUGCCGUGCCUGUUGAUCGUCACCCUCUACCUCAUCUCCGAGGACAACUACGAGUACGAAGUGCAGUUUCCGUCCUUCAAGUCGUACAACAUCACGGAAGGUAUGGUAAACGGCUACCUCGUGUGGAAUCCGAAGUGCCAUAUGGUGUCCAAAGAGCCUUUGGAUCCGUCCAUCGUGAAGUUCGUGAGGAAGGAAAAGUUGGAGAAAUGCCCGAACGAUAUCAUCUUCACGCAAAUUUCAAGGGAGCCUAACGGCAGCACGUUCCUCUCCCUCGACCCCGCCAUAACGAACCUGCACAGCGACGUGGUCUGUUGCUGGUCGUCAGUAGUCAGGCCGAAGGUGGACAAGCCGAAGAAUGACAACUACGACAUGGCGAUAUCGGUGAAGCAAUGCGAGAACUUCACGGGACAAGUGGCGUUACCGCACGAGGUCGAGGUGGUGUAUGUGUCGUGCAAGUCGAAGAUGGCGAAGCCGAAGGUCAAGGCGAAGCAUGCCAAGCCAAGUUCAGCGAAGACGGUGUACGAGAACGUUCAUCCGGUUCUGAAUCCCGACAAGGUGCGCGAGCGCAUCGAGAACAACGCCAACCAGUCGGCCGGAGCCUCCUCGAAGAAGCUGAGCGUCCUUAUCUUUGGCAUCGACAGCGUCAGCAGGCUCAACUUCUACCGGACCAUGCCAAAGACCGAGAAAUACCUGCGCGAGAACGGCUGGAUCAGCCUAAAGGGCUACAACAAGAUCGGCGACAACACGUUCCCAAACCUAAUGGCGAUCCUCACCGGCCAGAACUCGCAGCAGGCGUACGCGAGGUGUAAGCCGACGGUGGCCUACAAGCUCGACAACUGUCCGUUCCUCUGGCACAACUUCCGGAACGCCGGUUACGUGACAGCCUAUGGCGAGGACGAAACGGUAAUCAACACGUUCAACUACCUCAAGGUCGGCUUCGUCGACCCGCCCACGGAUUACUACCUGAGACCCUACAUGUUGGCCAGCGAGAGGCUGUUGAAGGUGAAGAGAAGAUUCAACAUGAAGUACUGCACCGGGCCGGAGACGAGCUUCGAGCGGAUCUUCGACUACGCCGUCAACUUUGCCCGCACCUUCAUGAGAGUGCCAUACUUUGGUUUCUUCUGGACGAAUACCGCCAGCCACGACAACAUGAACGGCAUCUCGUCGAUGGACACGCGCAUACUGCAACGAUUCGAGCUUCUGGAGCAGGAGUCGGUGCUGAACGACUCGAUGGUAGUUUUCCUGAGCGACCACGGAAUGCGCUGGGGUGGUAUUCGCAACACCUUCGUCGGCUGGUACGAGGAGAGGCUGCCGUAUAUCUACAUCUGGCUGCCCGAGUGGUUCCGGAAGGAGAACCCAAUAGCACAUCGAGCUCUCGAGAUCAACCGGAACCGACUCACUUCGCCGUACGACCUCUACGAGACUUUUAGGGACGUUCUCGGCUUCGCGGCCGGCGAAGCCGAUCCCAGUUCGGGCUGUGCCACCUGCCAGUCCCUGUUCACGCCUGUCCCUAGAGAGAGAGGCUGCCAAGACGCUGGGAUAGCGUCUCAUUGGUGCACCUGCACAGCCUUCAAGUCGGUCAACGUCUUCGACGAGAUCAUUAUGAACGGCGCCCACAAGUUCUUGGAUCACGUGGAAGACACUGUGCGACAUUACAAGGACAAGAAGGGUCGGCGAAUGUGCGCGCGGCUCAAGCUGAAGAAGCUGCAUCGGGUGGACAAGGUGAUCGACUUCGGCGCUACGAAUUCGUCCAGCGUCACUUACUUCUAUAUGCUCCAGACGACGCCCGGCAACGGCAGCUUUGAGGUCACCAUCAGAUACGACGGCAAUGGCAAUUACACCAUGUCCGACAGCGAGGUCAGCAGGAUCGACUCUUACGCGAUAAGUGCCAGGUGUUUGAAUCGCGGGAUGAAACAGUAUUGCCAAUGCAUCAAGUACACGUAGUGAAGACCCGUCCGGGUCUCCUCAUUCUGCGACCGUCGUCGCAAUUUUGAACUCGGUUAGUCUUUCUACGAUUUCAAUUGUUUGGCGCAGCAGACAGUCGGUUCCCUUUGUCUUUUUGCUCUUUCCGCUAACAGCACAGAUGUCCAGAGGACGUCCAGACGUCUUACGGGACAUCCUGGGGACGUUUCUUCAUCCUCAGGACGUCCAUAAGACGUCCCCAGGAGAUCAUGUGCUGUCUGGAUCUCUUCUUCGUCGGAGAGUUGGGCGAAUCAAUCUUUUUCCCGGGAACGAGCUUGUCGAGCGUCUCUCGCAGGUUGAGCAAAAACAUCUGGGAAGAAUUCGAUCCAACUGAGUUUGCUUGCCGUGUCAGCGGCCCAAGUUGCCGAGGGGACAUCUCAAUUCGAUACAAUAUGAUUGGACCCAGCUAAUCAGCUCAGGGUUUAGGGCUGGUUGCUCCAACUUCUAGGUAAGUUAACUGAUGGUUAAAUCAUAUGUUUGUCUUUGUUUUUCCUUCAACUUAGACAAAGACAGACAUAUGAUUUAACUAUCAAUUAACUAGUACCAAGAAGUUGGAACAACCGGGCCUUAGGUUAGAUUAGGAUUAAGUUAAAUUUGAGUUAAUAUUAUUGAUUGUGUCCAAUCGCAACAUGGCCCAUCGGACUCUACUCGUUGCCGAACUCUCUCCGAUCGCGAGUGCGUAAUGCAUAUUUGUAUCGGUAUGUUCGACGACAUAUCGAACGCGCAUAUCGAUCGUCUGAAAAAGCGAAGGACUGAAUGGUUAUACGUAAAUGCACGUUCAUCGCGACAGUAUCGAUACGCUUGGCGACAUAUCGAAUGCACAUAUCGAGCGCACAUAUCGAUCGUCCGGAAGAAGAACGAGGGAUUGAGUGAUUACGCACGAACGCACGUCCAUGGCGAUCAGGUCCUCCAGCGAGGAAAUACAGCAGUGGCCUAAAUUCCAGUGAUAAACGACAAGUGCUGAUCCACAACAACAGUGUCGACGGCUUGGGACGGAUUUAUCGAUACGUCGCGGAAUAGGACUGUCGAUCGUUGACGAGUGAAGAUUAACCGCCACCAGCUGCGCGCCAGCAACGCCAUCUGGAUUAACAACGAACCCUUGACGAGUACUUUGAAGCCCAUAUCAGACUAUGGAUUGGGAUUGAGAUUGAAUUUAAAUUUGACUAAUCGGAAGAAAGAAAAUAAUUUCAAAUAUAGUAAACUUAGCUCUGAUUGGUUGAAUUUCAAUCCAAUACUCAAUCCCAAUCCGUAGUCUGAUCCGUACGGGUUUGAGAGACCUUUGGUCUGUUCUUUUCAGCUGCACUGCGGAACUAGUGCAAUAAGUCAGAAUGAGACAACUAUAUUUUUUCUCACUUUAACUUAUUGCACCAGUUCAGUAGUGCAGCUGAAAAGAACAGACCACUUGAGGUCUCAACGUACUCGCGAUGUUUUACACUUCGCUCCUCAGAUUCACGAAUUUCCACGAGCGAGGUCACCUCGAAAUUUUGCGAAAUUUUUGCGCGCUGUUCGUUUGCGCAGAUUAAUAAUCGUCGGGAGAUAAUUACGGGGGAGAGCGCAAGAGCAUCGUGCGUGGGAAAUGAACUCGGCAAGAGAAUCCCAGCGACUGCCUGUAAUUUAUCGUGUAAUUAAUGUACAUUACCGCGCGUGUCGGAGCGCGUAUAUGUGCACGUCUCACUCGCGAGAAUUGUGUUCUCCUCUCUUUCCCGGUUUUCCGCUUCCUCCCCCACGCCCAUCGAUCGCGCGAGUCUUACGAUUGCGCGUCUCGACCUUCAGAUCGAUAUAUCGUUAAAGAUGCAUGAGCGCGCGCGCACGAAGAACACAUCGAUAACAAGGAGGUCAUCCGCGUAAUCGCGAAGUAGCGCGAGCGUGUCCGGCUCGUCUGACGUUCUUGCGAUUGUAGCGCAUUCUUAGAGGCAUUAGCUCUCCGGUUCGAUAAGUAACGCGUGUGCCUGUCUUACAACAAGUGCCAAAGUCCGUUCGUUCUGCGCUAACCGCGGCGUCGACAAAGCGCGUGUAUCUCUGCUUCACGCACCGACGGCGAUCCAACGCGGCUCGAUCGCCCUCGCAUGCGCGGUGCACGAAGACGCGCUGCGUGUAUAAGCUGAGAGAGAGAGAGAGAGAGAGAGAGAGAGAGAGAGAGAGAGGGGGAGAGAGAGAGAGAAGGAGCAAACCACGAAAUGGCCAAUGAAUAUACAUCGUGACAUAUCUAUUUUACUACGAGGUUACGUUAAGUUUUAACUUACAAGUAACUAUCCAAUUGUCACUCACCAAUCGGAAUGAAACUUUGCUCUCUUAUAAAGCAUUGAAAAUCCAUUUUUUUAUUUUUCCUCAAAACGCUUUUUAACUCUUUGACUGUUUAAGGCAAAUUGUAUCGUGUGAGACAAAAAUGCGUUGACACAAAGUAACUCUGAUGAUCAUAAAACUCGGUAUUCUAAGGUUUUUUGGGUCGCUAAAUCUAAAUAUGAUGUCAAAAUUUUAAAAUUCAAAAUGGCGGAUCCAAUAUAGCGGAUAUCAAUUUUCAAAAAUCGACAUGUUUUUAUAAAACUCGGUAUCUUAAGAUCAUUUGGAUUGCUGAAUCCGAAUAUAUCAAAAUUUCAAAAGCAAAAGUGGCGGAUCCAACGUGGUUGACACCAAUUUCGAAACAUAUUUUUAUAAAACUCAGUAUCCUAAUUUUGGAAUUUUGAUAUCAUAUUCGGAUUCAGCAACCUAAAAAACCUUAGGAUACCGAGUUUUAUGAAAAUAUGUUGAUUUUUUUAAAUUGGUAUCCGCCAUAUUGGAUCCGCCAUUUUGAAUUUUAAAAUUUUGAUAUAUUCGGAUUUAGCGACCCAAAAAACCUUAGAGUACCGAAUUUUAUGACCAUCAGGCUUAUUUUGUGUCAAUGCAUUUUUGUCCCACAAAGUACAAUUUGCCUCCGACAGUUAAGGGGUUAAAAAACGUUUUGAGGAAAAAUAAAAGAAACGAAUUUUCAAUAUUUUUCAAUGCGUUAUAAGAGAGCAAAGUUUCAUUCCGAUUGGUGAGUGACAGUUGGAUAGUGUUACUUGUUAGACGACGCCGAGGACGACGCGAGGCCGACGGCGAUCGUGAGAGAUGUAAUUAUGACAAACGUUUCGCGAUCACACAUCUGGACCAUUCUCUCCGUGUAGGAUCGAGCGAGCCAAGUUGAACUAAGUUCCGCAGACGACAGCGAUAGGACCUAAAUCGCGCCUAAAUCGCAAGUGCAGAAACGUUCCUCGUGUUCGUACGUUCGUUUCCGCGACACUCCUGUCUCUCGAAGACGUCACGCGACGGUCGAUUUCGCGAAGGGAGACAUUUCUCUCUCUGAAGAGAGAAUCGUUCACGAGAACUUUUGCAUGAGCGUCUUUGAUUCUGUACAAGAAAUGGUGUUUUUAUCUGCCUUCUCCAUCAGUGCAUAAAUUAGUAAAUUAUUAUUAUCAUUA